AUGGACUUCGACCUGGAAGAGCUUGUAAAUGUGGAACAGACGUUUUAUGAAGAGGGUUACAAGGACGGGUUCGCACACGGCCGAAUCCAUGGUUCUAUCGAGGGGAGGGCCUUGGGACGAGAGAAAGGCUUCGAAAUGUGGGAGGAACUCGGCUUCUACGAAGGCUUUGCCUUGCUGUGGCGAGCCGUCCUCUCCCAGAGAGGAACAACAGACGACCGGGCAGCACAGCAUAUUCGACAGCUCCUGGCACUUCUAGCUCAGUUCCCCCGCGUCAACCCGUCGGCUACGGAGCCAUCUGAACUCGACAUUCCGAAGCUCUUCCGACAAAUCCGUUCCCGUUACAAAGCCCUGUGUGCCGUGCUGGGUGUGCAGCCCACACUGCACGCGGGCGCCCUGUCCUCCACCGCGGAAGAUCGCGAUCCCGUUGGACACUUGGCUGAUGCUCCAUCGGGCGGAUCAAGGAGUGUAUGGCCUGUGCACCCUGCUGCCAGCGCGCGCUCUGGGGCCGGGGAGCAACUCAGCUUUUGA